AUGAGUGUAGAAACUUAUAAUGAUUCAAUUCAUGAGAUAUAUCCAGAUAUUAAGAAAAACUCACUAACUACAAUAUCGUUCACAUCAUAUGCGCUGGGUGCAAUAUUUGGUCUUUUUAUUGGAUUACUUCCUCUAAUACGUUUCAAGACAUUUAAUAUAUAUCUCAUAUCUCUCUCGGUUUUCCAUUUCUUAGAGUUUUAUAUCACAGCAAAGUAUAAUCCUUUAAAAGUUCACGAGCAAUCAUUUUUAAUCAAUAAUGGUAUUGAGUAUCUAUUAGCUCAUUUAGUAGCAGUUUUAGAAUGUUUCAUAGAAAAUAUUUUAUUUCCAACCUUUAAAAAUUCUAAUAGUUUAGUGAAUCAUAUUAUAAUAUUUAUCGGUAUAUUUUUAAUAAUCUCAGGCCAAUUGGUUAGAUCACUAGCAAUGUAUACCGCUAAAAAUUCCUUUUCCCAUACAGUAAAAACAGAAAAAUUAAAUGAUCAUAAAUUAAUCACUAAUGGCAUAUAUUCAAUUUCCAGGCAUCCAUCCUAUUUUGGAUUUUUUUAUUGGGCCAUUGGAACCCAGUUGAUCUUAUUAAAUCCAAUCUCUUUAAUCAUUUUUACAAUUGUUUUAUGGAACUUUUUCAAUAAAAGAAUUACUUUUGAGGAAAACUAUCUACUAAAUUUUUUUGGUAGUGAUUACUUGAAAUAUAAAAAUAGAGUUCCAAUUGGUAUUCCUUUUGUGAAAUAA